AUGGAGACUCUGAACCGCACCUUCAAAAACGCCACCACCGCCCUCUGGAACGAGUUCCAACCCGGCGAACAGCAACAGCUCCAACCGCACGGCGACGAGCCCUUGUCUGGAAUCCAGGGGAAGGGCACAGCGACUGAUCCGUACGAUGGCGGGAACCGUGAUGAACAACCCGGCGCCCCCCACACAGAAGCCAAUACCGCCGUGAUCCCCGAGCCCCUCGUGUCCGUCACGGGGGCCUCCGUCCAAGACCACGCCAAGAACCCCAAGUCGCCCAGCAACGCCGACGUGGCGUUGAAGAGUGUCAUCGUCGACGAGCCCCUGCAGCAGCGACAGACCCAAAAGAUGGAGACCCCCGACCCGUUGACCGCCGCCGCGCCCACGGCUGCUGCCGAGGCGGCCGGCGCGCCGAGCAGCGGGUCGCAUGGCGUGAAGCAGUUGGCUGCAUCGGGGGUGGGGCUGGGCAAGACGCAGGUGUCGAGUACGGGUGGGGUGUCGGAGCAGAGGGGCAGUUUGCCUGUUUCAUCUCAGAGUAUCGCAGCUUCGAGGGGUGAGAAGAUGGCCGGGGGGUCUGGAGCUGCCGCUGCCGCUGGAGCAACGCUCGCUAUCCGGGAGAAGGAGAAGGAGAAGGAGAAGACGAAGGAUGAGAUCCUGCAGGAGAAUAGGGGACUCCCUGCCCCGGAGGGCAUGGGGCCUGAGCAGAAAUCGUCUUCCACUGGUACUGCAGCAGCUACAGCCGGCGGCAGCACCGGCACCGGCGCCCUCCAGACCCGAGACACGCCCGCGACCAUCCCCGACUCCAGUAUCUCCGCCGACGAUAAGGCUUAUAGUUCAUCUAAGGCGAAGCCCACCACCACCACCACCUCCUCCGCAUCUCAACCCCAGCAGCAGCAGCAGCAGCAGCAGCAGCAGCUCAAACCCACCACCUCCAAAUCCACACCCACAGCCACAAAACCCACCAGCGCAGCAGGUGCAGCAGCAUCAGACACCGAAUCCGUCGGCCCCACCAACGAGACCAAGGAAGCCCGCGACUUGACUGCUACUACUUCCCCUACUGAACACCAACACGAGGCAGAGACCGACACACUCCCCCGCGGCAAUACCAAAAUCAGCGAGGAGGCGCUCAAGGGCCCGCACACCCCGGCGCCGCGCGAGCCGUUCGAGUUCGAGAAGCGGCUGGGGUCGAAGGGGGGUCCUGCUAAGUCUGAUGCUGGUGCUGCAGCUGGAGGUGGAACCGGAGCAGCGGACGAGGCCGAGAAGCACGGGAAGGGCCAUGGUCAGGGCAAGAUGGCGCAUUUGAAGGAGAAAGUUGGGAAGGUGUUGCAUCAUGGGAAGUAA